AUGGCCCACCUCGGCCUCGGCAGCCCGUCGCCGGUGGCGCCGGCGUCGCCGGGGCGGUACCUCGCCGGGUCGCCGCAGACCUUCGCGAGCGCCGUGCCCGAGUCCGGCGCCGUCGCCGUCGAGGACGACAAGCGCUACCGGCGCAGCAUCCACGCCCUCGAGGCCGAGGUGGACCAGCUGCUGUCGACGGCGGCGCGGGGCGGGCGCGGCAUCUCGUCGCUCCGGGAGACGCAGCGGAGCCUGGAGAUCACCAGGUCGCAGCUCGCCACGGAGCUCAAGGGCUCGCGGACGCGCGAGCGCGAGCUCGAGGCGCUGCUCGGGAAGCGCGAGGCCGACGACGCGAGCCACCGGUCCCUCCGCGCGGAGGUCGAGGAGGCGCGCGUCGAGAUCGCGCGCCUGCGCGACGCCCUGCGGGCGGCGACGGCCGAGGCCGCGGACGCGCGGGGCGAGCGCGCGCGCGCCGAGAAGCACGGCGACGCGGUCCUCCGCGCGAAUUUAGCCGACGCGCAAAAGGCCGCGAGCGACGCGAAGCACGAGUGCGCGCGCCUGCGGUCCGCCUGCCGGAGCGCCCAGAGCGACGCGGAGCGCUGCGUCAAGGUCGCCGAGGCCGCCGCGGAGGCCGCGACGAAGCGAGAGGAGGAGAACAAGCGCGAGUUCCUACGGCAAAAGGCGUCGCACGACGGCGCGCUCGUCGAGGCCCAGCGCCGCGUCGACGCGAAGAUCGCCCAGCUCGAGCACGACUACCGCCGCGACGCCCACGCGACCCUGGCCCAGCGCGAGGAGUCGCACGCGGCGACGUUGCAGCGCGAGCGCUCCGAGCACGAGCAGAUUUUGGCGACGGCGAAGCGCGUGUCCGAGGACCGCGUCAAGGCGCUGACGGCCGAGCUCGAGGGCGACCGGGACCGCUACGCGGCGACGCUCGCCAAGACGACGGCCAUGGUCGACCAGCGCAUCGAGGAGGUCGAGGCCGAGUACGCGCGCGAGCGCGAGCGCUACCGGACGCUCGCGGCGUCCCAGGAGGAGCUCGACCAGCAGGUCCAGCGCGAGCGGGACCGGGCCUUCGCGGCCAUGCGCGAGGCGAGCCGCCUCGAGUCGCAGGUCGGCGAGCUCGCGACGCGGACGUCCGCGGCGGAAACGCGCGCGCACGCGGCCGACGAGCGCGUCGUCGCGUUGGAGCGCCAGGGCGCGGCGCUCGAGGCCAAGGUGGCGACGGCGGAGAACGCGACGUCCGACGCCGAGAGCCGGUUGCGCUUCGCGGAGCAGCGCGUCGCCGAGGACGAGACGCUGCGCCUCGCGGCCGAGACCAAACUCGCGGACGCGGACCGCAAGCGCGCGGACGCGGAGCGCGUCUGCGCGUCCGCGGAGGUGCACCGCCAGUCGCUGGAGCGGCGCGCCGACGAGGCGGACCGGCGCCGCGAGGCCGCGGAGGCCGCCGCGCUCGAGGCGAACGCGCUCCGCGGCGACGGCGCGCGGGAGCUCGCGGAGGCCCAGGGCGCGCGCCUCGAGGCGGAGCUCGGCGCCCAGGACGCGCGCCGCGACGCGGAGCGCGCCCUCGGCGCCGCGAAGAACGCGGCGCUCGAGGUCGAGGCCGCCAAGGCCGAGGCGUCGCGGCUCAAGGAGGCGCUCGAGGACGCGAAGCGCACGGCCGAGAACAACGCCAUGGCCGUCGUCCGCGCGGAGCAGGCCGAGGCCGACGCCCGGCGGCUGACCCUGCGCUGCGAGACCGCGGAGCGGAGCCUGAGCGACGCGACGGCGCGGUCCGACGGCGCGAACGCCGCGCGGCUCAAGGCCGAGACCGUCGCCGCGCACGCGUCGAAGCGCCUCGAGGAGGCCGAGGCCGAGCUCGGCGCGGCGAAGCUGCGGAGCGCCGAGGCCGAGUCGACGGGCGCGGCCCUCGGCGACCAGCGCCACCGCGACGCGAGCCGCAUCGCCGAGCUCGAGCAGAAGCUCGAGAACUUCGCGUCCGCCGUCAACGUCGCGGAGCUGGCGAAGAAGGCCGCGGAGCAGAAGCUCCGCGCGGCCCACGAGGGGUCCGCGGCGACGGAGGCGUCGACCGUCGCGGCGACGCGGCGCGCCGAGGACGCGGAGGCGCGGUCCGAGAAGAUCAUGGAGCAGCGCGGCGUCGCGCUCCGCCGCGCGGAGACGGCCGAGGCGGACCGCGACGCGGCGCUCGAGCGCGAGGAGGCCCUGGGGAAGCGCCUCGAGGAGCUCAAGGCGCGGGCCGCGCAGUUCGACGACCGCUACCGCGACGUCGAGCGCCAGCUGUCGGAAUCGCACGUCGCGGGGUCGCAGCUCCAGAGCCAGCACGACGAGUUCCUCCGCGUCUACGAGAAGGAGCACCACGCCUUCCAGAACUCGGACCGCGAGCGCCAGAAGUUGGUCGCGCGCAUCGCGUCGCUCGAGCGCCAGCUCGACUUCGCGGCGAAGGCGCGCGACGACGCGCGGAAGCACGCCGAGGACGCGCGCGCCCUCGCCGACGAGCACGCGAACCGCCACAAGGAGCUCGUGAGCCGCCACCGGGCGCUGGACGCGCGCGAGGUCGAGAUCGAGCACAAGGUGAAGCUCCACGAGCGCGCCAAGAAGGAGACGCCCAACUUCUCGCACCGCCCCGCGAACUGGGCCCGCAUGCAGAGCGACGUCACGCCCAUCCACAUGGCCAACCUCCCCGGCGAGCAGUUCCGCCGCUCCAUCAUCGAGAGCGACGUGUAG